AUGUCUCCGGGACCCGUUGUUGACGCCGCUGCCGCCGGAGCCGACCCACAAGUCCCUUCCGGCGACGACGCAACCCUCAAGAAGAAACCUCAUCCCCAGGAAGAUGAUGUGCCCAUUGUUGAGGACGUCAAGGACGAUGACAAAGAUGAAACCGAGGACGAGGACGAGGACGAGGACGAUGACAAAGAAGAUGACGCCCAAGGUGGUACUGAGGGUUCGAAGCAGAGUAGAAGUGAGAAGAAGAGCCGAAAAGCAAUGUUGAAGCUGGGACUGAAACCUGUUACUGGUGUUAGUAGGGUCACAAUCAAGAGGACAAAGAAUAUUCUUUUUUUCAUCUCAAAACCUGACGUCUUCAAGAGUCCAAAUUCUGAGACCUAUGUGAUAUUUGGGGAAGCGAAAAUAGAGGACUUGAGCUCUCAGUUGCAGACACAGGCUGCUCAACAGUUCAGAAUGCCAGAUGUGGGAUCCGUGCUGGCAAAACAAGAUCAAGAUGCUGCAGCUGCAGCGGCACAGCCUGAAGAAGAGGAGGAGGUAGAUGAGACUGGUGUCGCACCCCAUGACAUUGAUUUGGUGAUGACACAGGCAGGAGUGUCUAGAAGCAAGGCUGUCAAGGCCCUCAGGACUCACGGUGGGGACAUCGUUGGUGCCAUCAUGGAGCUCACUACUUAA